AUGCUUUUAAUCAAAUGUCACGGACUCACGGGGAUAUCAACUCAGCAAGAUUUCAUUCCCCAAAUUCAAAACGGGCGUCGUUUCAUUUGGAAUUAUCAGAAAGAAAACCAGGGCGCAGUGGUCAUCGUCUUCACAAGAACUGCACCUCAGGCAGCCUCAGUUGCAGCUGCAAAAGAUUUUCCGGCUAGGGCUGCACCUUCUUGCGCCUUAAUAGGUCUGCCAGUAACAGCUUUGGUUUGUAGCAAUGGGAACCAAGGGCAGCUUGUGUUUUGCAAACAGCAUGGAGCCGCUAUAAAAGAGAAGCUUCAAAAGUCUCCCAGAUUGGCUAAAGAGGGUAGUCUUUCUGCCACUGAUCACCAUGCUGUCUCAGAAACACAGCAUAAGUAG